AGCACAAGAUUUACCAAGCUGUAACAUAAUGUCAUAUUGAAUUCUCAGAUACCGUAGGUUUGUUACAUUAUUAUCAUUUUUGGUAAGGAUGCGGGGACGGCAGCAGCGAAUAGUAGUUUUCCGUAUUGUUUUUACACCUUAUUACCGUAUCGACUCAAAAUAAGGUUUGAGUCAGCAAGUUCGAAGUCGCAGUGAAAUGCCCUUUUGUUUGUCCUAAUUAAAAUAUUUUGUGAAAUUUGGGUUAGAUUGCUGCUAGGUGUGUAUACUUAUCCGAUAAUAGACUCCCUUCUUCUCUAUUGGCUCAUCUGGUCACAUGGUCGCCUAACUUUAUUCUGUUGACAGCAAGUAGGAGGGCUUUAUGGAGGGAGGAAAAAAAGACAACUCGAGAAAAAUUAGUAUUUUCUACCUUCAGAAAUUAAUGGCCAUGAGUUCGUACAUGGUGAACUCCAAGUAUGUGGAUCCUAAAUUUCCUCCUUGUGAGGAAUAUUCGCAAAACAGCUAUAUACCUGACCAGGGCACAGGGUACUACAGUCCAUCGCAGGACACUGAUUUCCAGCAUCCAGGAAUCUAUCCACGGUCAAACUACUCGGAGCAGCCUUUCAAUUGUAACACUGUGCAGGGCUCCACAGUGCAACCGCGGGGUCAUGUGCAGGAGCAAGCUAGCCAUCCGAGCCCUUUCACCGCCCAGACCGAGCAGUGUCCCUCGGUCCAAGUACCUGGCCCGAGGACUUGUGGGCAGCAAAACACAAAGAACCAAAACGGGAUACAAGCCAAGCAGCCAGCAAUAGUUUACCCCUGGAUGAAGAAAGUGCACAUUGCAAAUGUGAAUCCGGAUUACACAGGACCAGAACCCAAACGGUCACGGACAGCCUACACAAGACAGCAGGUUUUAGAGCUGGAAAAGGAAUUCCAUUUUAACAGGUAUCUGACCAGACGGCGUCGCAUUGAGAUUGCCCAUACGCUCGUUCUUUCCGAGCGCCAGAUCAAAAUCUGGUUUCAGAACAGAAGAAUGAAAUGGAAAAAAGAUCACAAACUGCCCAACACAAAAGGAAGAUCUGCGUCGGCCUCAAACCAGCAUGUACAGCACGUUCAGAAGGACAACCAGACAGAUAUCACAACUUUAUAA